CGCCAAAAGCGAGAAUUUUCUCGAAUUCAAAGUGUCAGUGUUCAUUCGUUAAUUUAUACUAUUUCUAGAUCUCUGGAAACCGCGACGAACAAAGAGUGUAAAUCGCGAAUUCAAUAUAAUAAGUGAUACUUACGUUAAAUAAGUGCGAUUACGUUACUUUUUAUUUGCAAGUUAAUUUUUGUAUAAUCAUGGAACAGGUCAAUCAAUUGAAAGAAAAAGGUAAUGCGGCAUUGGCCUCUGGUAAUUUCGAUGAGGCGAUUAAGUAUUAUACAGAAGGUAUAAACUUCGACCCAAAAAACCACGUUUUAUUCAGUAAUCGAUCAGCUGCCCAUGCUAAGGCCGGUAAUUAUUCUGCGGCGUUGGAGGACGCUAACAAAUGCGUGUCAUUGAACCCUUCGUGGAGCAAAGGUUACUCCAGAAAAGGCAGUGCGUUAGCAUACUUGGGUAUGCAUAAAGAAGCUAUCGAAGCUUAUGAAAAAGGCCUAGAACUUGAACCAAGUAAUCAGCAACUGGCUGCAGGACUAGCAGAAGUCAAGAAACAAGCAGAAGAAGUAAAUUUACGGACAGAACAAAUAUUGGAGAAGCUCCGGGCAAACCCCCAGACUAGGGAAUGGCUAAACGAUCCGGAAUAUAUGAAUAUGGUCAAGAAAUUGGGCUCUGGAUUAAACCCAUACAAUUUCGACUCCCUAGACAUGAAAAUGGAUGACAAACGUCUCAUAACAACAAUAAGCGUAAUGUUAGGAGCAAAUCUCGGCUCUCCAAUGGACGUAGACCCACCAGCUCCAGAACCCAAGCCCGGCCCACCACCAAAGAAAGAAGAACCACCCAAACCAAAAACUGAAGACUUACCCGAGCAUCGUAGACUCGCCCUCCAAGAGAAAGAGUUAGGCAACGAAUAUUAUAAGAAGAAAGAGUUUGAUUGUGCUAUCCAGCAUUAUAAUAAGGCCAUAGAACAUGACCCUACUGAUAUUACUUUCCUAACAAACUUAGCAGCAGUAUAUUUUGAACAGAAAGAAUAUGAGAAGUGUAUUAAGGAAUGCGAGAAAGCAAUUGAAAUAGGUAGGGAGAAUAGAGCCGACUUCAAAUUAAUCGCCAAGGCCUUUACAAGAAUUGGUAAUGCCUAUAAAAAGAUGGAGCAAUGGAAGUUAGCUAAGACAUACUACGAGAAGUCCAUGUCUGAGCAUCGCACUCCUGAAAUAAAGACGCUGCUCAGUGAAGUGGAGAAGAGAAUAGCAGAGGAGGAGAAGAAGGCCUAUGUGGAUCCCGUGAAGGCUGAGCAAGAGAAGGAGCUAGGGAAUGAGUAUUUCAAAAAAGGCGACUACAGUACGGCGAUGAAGCAUUACUCGGAGGCCAUCAAGCGGAACCCGGACGACGCCAAGCUGUACUCCAACCGGGCGGCCUGCUACACCAAGCUGGCGGCGUUCGAUCUAGGUCUCAAGGACUGCGAUCAGUGCUGCAAACUGGACCCCAAGUUCAUCAAGGGCUGGAUCCGGAAGGGGAAGAUUUUGCAGGGUAUGCAACAACAUGCGAAAGCACUGAACGCGUACCAGAAGGCUCUAGAGCUGGACCCCAGCAAUGCGGAGGCCCUUGAGGGGUACCGCGCCUGCUCCACGCAACUGAACUCUAAUCCUGAAGAGGUCCGCAAGCGGGCCAUGUCGGACCCGGAGGUCCAGCAGAUACUCCGCGACCCGGCGAUGCGGUGCAUCCUGGAGCAGAUGCAGCAGGACCCGCAGGCGCUGCAGGACCACCUCAAGAACCCGGACAUCGCGGCGAAGAUACACAAGCUGCUCGAGAGUGGUCUCAUCGCGAUACAUUAGGGCGGGCGUGCGUGUGCGCAUGUGCCGUGGGAGAAAGAUGGCUCCGAAUAAAAAUAGCGAAAUGUACAUGUUAAAUUUCAAUAGUGAUUAAUGGUUUGCUGACGCUUUCGUGGAGUGGCGGGUUGUGGCAGUGAGGUUAGGAAACUUGAUGUCAUUUUUAUUUUUUAUUUUUUCGUUUUUUUUCUUCAGUGUGCAAUAAAAGAUAUGGGCAUAAUAGCGUAUUUUGGCGGUAGACACAGGGAAUUGUAUAUACAACUAGCUGUCCGAGCCGGUUUGCUCGUGGUACAUAUAUACGGUGAGAGAACGAAAGAGAAGUGAAAGAAUGGUGAAGGAAAUUGAACAGUUGAUACAGUGGUACUGAGAUUGGUGCGUUCAAACAAACUCGUCAGCUUUAUAUUAUUAGUGAUGUCACAGUCAACCCAUAAGUUUUAUGGCAAUAUGUGAAAAAAUUGAUUUUUUUUUUAUUGAAGAUAGUAGAAAAGUAUAAAUUAAUUUUUAAAGAAAAUACGAUUCUUUUUUGUACUAGCUUCCCGCCCGCGUCACAAAAAAUCCAAGGAAAUUCCAAUCGAAUUGAAAUAGCGGUGGAAAUUUAUCUCCUAACUAUCUGCAAUCACAAAAAAACAUAUAAAAUUGCACCGUUGCGUGAACAAACAAACACUUUCUCAUUUAUAUUUGUAAGGAUUAUCAUAUGUGUAAUAAGUAUCUUGACUCGCUGCCACAAUUUCCCACACGAAUCGGGACUGAUUCGUGCUUUAUGUAGUCAUUGGUUAUAUUAUCUGUGCUAUUACAAUAAACGUUAUGGGCGCUGUUGUUUUUAUCUGUGGCAAAUAUGUAUUCAAUGGAUUGAAUUUAAUACAACAGCGCUCAGAAUAUGUGUUAGAUGUUAUAUUAUAAACUGAGUAAUAAAUUUAUUUUUUUUAAUUCUUUGGUUCUGUAUUUUUUUUUUUAUUAUGAACUCGUAUGUUUUAAACACCGAGUGGUUUACAUUUUUUUUGGAACUAUGAACAGCUUUGAGCCGUUUUCUGACAAAUAAUUUAUAUGGAAAACUUCUAGAAUGUUCCAUAAAGUUUCAACACACCGAUGUACUCGUUACACCAAUGUAUUACACCAAUAAAUAUGUAAAAAGAAAAGUUUUGAUUUAUUAUCUUUGUGUAACAAUUAUUAUUAUAUGAUAAAUUUCUUACUCCGCUUUAAAAAAAUAAUAAUGCAAUAUUUUGUAUGUGGUGUGUUCUCAAUGAAAUACUUGCAGUGUUUAUUUAUAUAGUGUAAAUAUAUAAUAGAUAUAUUGGUGUGAUCAGUACUUAAGGAGCUAAUACUAUGCCAAAGGUACGCGACCGUCUGAUAUGCAUGUCACCGUAAAAUCGUAAAAACCGUUAGAUUAUUUAUAAUAUAACUCGCGAAGUUACAAACUCGAAUAAUUGUGAUCCGUAACAUUAAUUGUUUGCAAUUUGAAGCGUUAUUUCCCAUUUUACUAUCCGUAGCCGUGUCAGCCUUAAAGCCUAACGUGAUUGUGUUAUAAAAAGUAGGUUUAAAAUAAAAAUAAUAAGUCAUCUAAAAAACCUUACGGGCCCCCAUCGAAUCGUUAUAUGGGCCCCGUAGGCACGCUACGCCAUUGAUCUCGACCUGUGUUGUGGUAAUGGCACGCAACUCUACAGAAUAAGUCACUGAACUUAAAACUAGCUUAGAUCGCGAGUUAUUUAUUUUGUUUGUAAUAUAAUUAUAAUAAACGUAAUAGUGGAAAACAUCGGUCGCGAACCUUCGGCAUAAUAUAUUAAAACGAAAUCAGGUGAACCGAAUCGGUCCCGAAAAAUCUCAUUCAUAUUGAAGUUAUUGUCCCAUGAUUUAAAAAUUCACUGUUAAUUUUGUUCGCUUUGGUUCACUUUGUUGCUGUAAAUUUUAAAUUGUUUUUACGUAAGAGGCAUUUUUAAAAGCUAAAAUUUAAAUUUUUCUUUUGAUCUGUUUUUUGUUUGAUCGAUGUAAAUUAUUCAUAAUAUAGGGGUUAUAAUAAUAAAUGUUUUAGUGAUACGCCGACAUCCAUUACAUUAUUUAGUCGGUUUUGAUGUUAACAGAUUAAACAACAUCUAAUUGGUUAACAACCUUCCCUCCACUCGGCUUUAUAACCAAUGGCUUACUAGUAUGUCCAUGUAGAGUCCGCGCCACGAAAGGAGUCACGUUGGCCCAUCGUAGAUAUGUGGGCCAAUGCCCAUAAUAUUAUAGAUUGUUAUCUCUACGUAAUAUUAGCGUUCACGACCCUGCUUAACACAAAAAAUGAAGCGAUAUUUACUGUAAUUUCAUGUAUAUUUUCACAGAGAUGGUCUGGGGAAGUUGAAUUAAAAUUAUUUCAGGCGCUAAUAGCGCCGCGCAUUCGGGUCUCGUAUCGUGGCGCGGACUCUAACAACGAAAACGGCGUGAUAAGGCAUAGUCAAACUUAUAAAUUGAUAUAUAUAUAUAUAUGAGUUUGUUCCAAAUUAUGAAUACAAUAUACCCUUCACUCCAAAACCAUUCCAAUGUAUGCUUCUCAAAAUAUUAUUAAUUUUAGUCCAUUUAUAUAUGGGCAAAAUACUGUUUAAGCGUUUUAAGAUAAUUCAGUGUUUAUUUUUGAAAACAACGCGCGAGUAUGUUGCAGUUUUGUAAUUUAUUCAAUAAAGAUUAUGUAGGCA